AUGCGUAGUGAUAUGAUAUGUGGUCGAUUUUGUUCAAAAAUCUUACAUGAAAUUCAUGAUAAAAUUGAAUGGUUUCAUCUUGAAUCAUCAUAUAUGAUACAUGUUUUACAUGCUGCUGAUUAUGCUAAUUUAUAUGGUCUCGGUCUUUAUAAUAUUAACGAAAACUUAGCUCAAUACCUUCUCAGUGGUAAGAAAUAAUAAUUGAAUUAUUUUUAUUCUAAAAUGAAAUUAUUUAUCAAACUUAUCAAUCUAGAAUCCUAGACCAUGAAAUAUAUUGCAAUUAUUUUCAUAGCUUUUUUUUCUUACUAAUAUUGUAUGCAUAUAUUUAGAUGAAAUUCUUUCAUUUGGUAUUUUCAAAAAUCAAAUAACAAGACUUUUAAUUACAAUUAAUAAAACGAUAAUUAUUAUGAGAUGCUAUUAUCAGUGGCAAACAUAUAUUAUUACAUCUUCACUGUUUUCACCCGUCUGACUCCUUUAGCAUUAUAUGAACCAUCGUAUCAAAGUUGUGUUCGAGGGUGUGGGUGUGGGUUGAGUGUGGAUGUGGGUGGGGUGGGAUGUGGGUGUGUAUUCUCUCCAACAACAACCACACACCGUACCGACACCCAUACCCACCCAUACUCGCACAAAUCAGACAUGAUCACUUACAUUAAUACAGAUUUUAUCAAAUCAAUCAUUACUAAAGCUUUUCUACGUUGUUCACAUGUGCGCAUAUGUAUUUGUCUGUUAGGUUGGAUUCUUUUUUUUAAAUCAUAUUCUCGUGUUUCGACGUUAUCCAGGUCAAACAAGCACGGUCGUAAACGAUCGUAUACGAAGAAAUACGACGAUUUACAUGAGGCCGUAUUACGAUCGUAUAUCUCCGUCACCGUAUACGGAGAAAUACAGUGAUUUACGGAGAAAAAUACUCUUGUUUAUUGUCUUCGUAUAUGGAAGUCGUAUACGAUCUCCGUUUUGCUACAUUUUUCGCUGUAUACGAUCGUAUUUUCCGUAUACGGUCACGGAGAUAUACGACCGUAAUACGGCCACAUGUUUUACGGAGAAAUACGGUCGUUUACAAUCGUAUAUGGCCUGCGUAUUCGUCGAUUUGGGUAAGUAUUUUGAACUUUUUUAAAUUCAGUUUCGAUUUUCUUUUCUUUCCUCUUUCCUCUUUCCUUUUUCUUUUCGGUGUACUUUGCACGUUAACAUGUGCGUAGUGAGUAAAUUGAUAUGUACUUUUUUUUCAUGGACAAUCACUGCUUAAUUUUCUACAAUGUCGAAGUUUUGUUCAAUAAAGAAGAUAAUAAACUUAAACGCAGGCAUGCUGUUAAACGUUUGAGUAGAUCAUAACUUUUCAAUAGAUCCCAUCAAUUUCAUCAUUUGUAACCGAGAAAAUAAAUCCGAAAUGUCUUCGAAGAACCGAAAUCAAAGUGAAAUUUAUUUGCUUUUAUUUCAAUUUUUUAACUUAGCAAAUAAAAAAUGAUAAGCCGAUUCAUUUGAUUUAUCUUCAUAUGGGAAAUAAAUGAAUGAAAGAAUAAAGCUAAUGAAUCUCAUUGUUAGUCUCUUCUAAGCAAACUUUCUUCUAAUAUAAGCAUUCUUCGCCAAAGAGAACAAUACAGAGCUGGUUACAAAAAAAUAUGACCACCAUUUUUGUUUCUUCUACUCCAAGAUGUAUAGUCUUAUUUAGCCGAAACAUCGUUCGACCAAUGUAGAAGAUGAAAGUCUAGGCAUCGUGAUGAUUUUUGUUUUUAUUUGAAACAUGCUAGCCUUUGUUAUUCUUUUCCUAUUCAUCUUCUUUAUCUUUUCUUUCUCAGUCAAUUGUGCUGAAUUGUAAUGGAAUUGAAUCAAAGCUGAUGUGCAUAACAUCGAUAGAUCUUCGAUUCUCGAUUACCAACAUCUUAAUAUAUUGUUAAUUUUGUGUCCUUCGCUUUUACUCUUAUUAUUCAUUUCUCGCAUUUUCGAUGUUGAUCACUGUUAUGUUCUAACGCAUCACACAUUAGAUUGUUUAUCAAAAUUACACACACAUUACAUGGGGGACGCUCUCUCAAUAUUCAGCACUAACCAUUAAUACGAAUGAUAACUGUUUGCACGAACCCACACACAUACCAUUCAAUUAAUAAUCAAGGUAAUCAACAUAUUAUGGUCUCUCUCACUCUCCUUUUCAAUGUCAAACUUUUAUCAACAAGAAUACUACCUACUUUACAUGAUAUCGAUAGGAAUCUGUUCUGUAGUCAAAAAAUACAGAUGCAUAACUGUUCUUUUUCAUUUUUCCUAUGUAUUUGUGAAUAAAAGUUAAGAAGAGAACAGAGAAAAGUAUCUACUCAUAAAAUAGGUGCCUGAUUGUCACUGUCUUCGUCACGGACUAGGAAUCAGUCAUGUGUCAAUACAGAUGUGUUUACUAUUUCUUUUUUUGACCGUCGUCUUUUGCAAACAAAAAAUAUCAUUUAUACUUGCUAUAUUGUUCUAUUUGUUUUUCUUGGUUUUUCCUUUCUUUUUCGCCGUAUGCCUUCUGAAUUAGAGAUCAAAGGCUAGUUGGUAAUCAAAUUUUUAUUAAAAACUAAUAAUUGCACUACAAGAAUGGAAAAAAAUAAUAAAAAAAUUGAAAUAUAUGAAUAUUAGGUAAAAGGAAUGGAUUAGAAAAAAAGACGAACUAAAGUUAAAAAAAAGAAAAUUAUGUUCGAAUGGUGUCCUUCGAGAGCUCUUGAUCAAUGCAAUGCCACCGGUUUGAGUUUGGGUUGUCUAGAAAAAAAUAAUAUAUUUAUUAAGUUUCUAGUAAAAAUUUGAUACAUAUUUAACUUACUGGUUUAGCUCUUAAGGCACCACUCACAUAUAUGUCUGACGUAGGAAAAAAGUAUCAGAUCUUUAACUUGAUGCUAUUCCACGUAACAAAUCAACACAGUCGAAUACGACUUUCAUCAUUUUUUUCAUUGUAUUCGAUGCACAGCGUUGACAUUGAUACCGUAAAUCAGAAUCGUAUAAGACAUGAAUAGUACCAAGCAAGAACUCGUACAACUAUUUCUCUACUUUAAUAGCGAAACUAUGGAGUACACAGUGAACAUAUAUUCCAUUACUCGCAAAUACUACGCAUCACUGAUUUAUUCAUCUAUAUUCAGUAUUGCGAUGCAAAAAAAUAGCUUAACAAUUUUCCUCCAAGACCACAUGGCAUGUGAACUCUAGCUACGAAGACUCAACUCCCCUAUUACAUUGAUUUCCGACUCAACCUUUGGCCAAGACAAUUUGUAUCGCAGAUUACAUACCAAACGAAUUUAAGCAACGAUACUCUCAAUCACCUAUUCCAAGAUAUCCACCAGAACGGAUCAACUUCGCGUUAUUACCCGAUGUCACAAGUUCCAUAAAUUGAACACACGAAGGAUUCAUUUAACUAUUUUAUCCGUUUGCCGAACAAGUUAUGUCAUCAAUACUUUAGUCUAACACCAUACAGCACACGAAGACUACCCACGAAAACGCUGUUCAUCUCCUUGAUUCACUUCCAAGUGAUAGAGCGCCAUUGAAUCUAUAAGUGAAGAUUGUAUGGCCAAUGAACACUAUUUACCAGUAUUCGAUUCAUUUCUUUGAUUCACUUCGAAGUAGUAUAACAACAUUGAAGCUAUCAGCAAAAUUCGUAUGGCCAAUGAACACUAUUUACCAAGAUUCUAUUCAUCUCUUGAAUUCGUUUCGAAGUGGUACAAUGAUGUUAAACAUAUAAGUAAAGAUCAUAUGGAAAAUGAACAAUAUGAACAAACAUUCUAUUUAUCUAUUUGACUCACUUCAAAGUGCUUUAACAAUGUUGAAUCUAUAAGCAAAGAUUGUAUUGAAAAUGGACACUAUGCAGAAGGAUUCUAUUCAUCUUUUUGAUUCGCUUCGAAGUGGUAGAAUCAUGUUAAACCUGAGAGUGAAGAUCGUAUGACAAAUGAAAAUUAUUCACAAAGAUUCUAUUCAUCUGUGUGAUUUGCUUCAAAGUGGUAGAGCAAUAUUAAACCUAUGAGUAAGGAUUGUUUGGCAAAUGAACACUAUUUAGAAGAAUUCUAUUCAUCUCUCUGAUUCACUUCGAAGCGGUAGAGCAAUCCUAAACCUAUGAGUAAAGAUCGUAUGACCAACGAACACUAUUUAGGAGAAUUCUAUUCAUCUCUCUGAUUCGCUGCGAAGUGGUAGAGCAAUCCUAAACCUAUGAGCAAAGAUCAUAUGACAAUUGAACAGUAUUCACAAACAUUCUAUUCAAUUCUUUGAUUUGCUUCAAAGUACUAUAACAACCUUUAAGCUAUUAGUAAUAGUCGUAUGGCAAAUGAACACUAUUCACCAGUAUUCGAUUCAUUUCUUUGAUUCACUUCGAAGUAGUAUAACAACAUUGAAGCUAUCAGUAAAAUUCAUAUGACAAAUGAACACUAUUCAGCAGUAUUCGAUUCAUUUCUUUGAUUCGCAUCGAAGUGACAGAAAGAUGUUCAACCUAUGAGUAAAGAUCACAUGACAAAUUAACAUUAUUCAGCAGGAUUUAAUUCAUCUGUUUGAUUUGCUUCAAAGUUCUGUAACAAUAUUGAAGCUAUCAAUAAAAUUCGUAAGAUAAAUGAACACUAUUCACCAGUAUUCGAUUCAUUUCUUUGAUUUGCAUCGAAGUGACAGAAAGAUGUUCAACCUAUGAGUAAAGAUCACAUGACAAAUAAACAUUAUUCAUAAAGAUUAAAUUCAUCUCUUUGACUCGCUUUGAAGUCGUUGGAUGAUGUUGAACCUAUUAGCAAAGAUCGUAUGGCAAAUGAACACUAUGCAGUAGGACUCUAUCCAUCUCUUUGAUUUGCAUCGAAUUGGCAGGACGAUGUUGAACCUAUAAGCAAAGAUCGUAUGGAAAGUGAACCCUAUGCACGAGAAUUCUAUUCAUCUCUUUGAUUCGCUUCGAAGUGCUAGAAUAAUUGUGAACCUAUGAGUCAAGAUUGUUUGCCAAACGAAGACUAUUCACAAAGGUUCUCUUCAUCUUUUUGAUUCGCUUCGAAGUGUUAGAUCGUCAUCGAAUCUUUGAGUAAAGAUCGUAUGAUAAAUGAACACUAUUCACAAAGAUCCUAUUCAUCUCUUGGGUUCGUUUCGAAGUGGUAGAGUGAUGCUAAACCUAUAAGCAAUGACCAUAAAGCAAAUGAAAACUAUACACCAGGAAUCUAAUGAUUUAUUGUAUUCGUUUCGAAGUAAUAGAGCGAUGUUGAACCUAUAAGUAAAGAUGGUACAGGAAAUGAACACUAUGCAUCAGGAUUCUAUUCAUAUAUUGUAUUCGUUUCGAAGUGGUAAAAUAAUACCGAAUCUAUGAGGAAAAAGCUUAUGGGAAACGGACAGUAUUCACAAAGGCUCUGUUCAUCUUUUUGAUUCGCUUCGAAUCGGUAGAAUGAAGUCGAGCCUAAAAGAAAACAUCGUAAGGAAGCUAAACAUUUAUGACCAAACCUCAAUGCUUCUUUAUUGUGGAUUGUAUUGUAUAGUGCAGGAGUACUGAGAUACUAAGCGUUUCGCGACGAAAAUGAAUCAUCUGCACGUUUGUCCAUCAAUAACUCUAGGACUUGACGGAGAGUAAGCUCUCGUUCUGCAAGACGGUCAUCCAUGUUGUCAUUGUCGUCGAAAGCGUGCAUAGAGGACCUAGCAGCAGCACAGAUCACCAAAGCAAGGAGAAAAAAUAUUGUUGGCUUCAUUGUGUAUACUGCAGUGGAGUGAUCGACUACUGAUUCGGCGUUGAUAUGAAAGGUAGUAUGUAAUUUAAUGUAUGAUGAUGAUUGUGAUGUAUUUGCU